AUGAAGUCCACCCUGGUCCUGCUGGGCCCCUUCCUGGUUCUCUUGUGCAUGUCUGAAGCUCAGACUGAAGUCCUGGUGCAGCCAAACUUUGAUGCCAAAAAGUUCUCAGGCCUCUGGUAUGUGGUGGCCAUGGUGUCGGACUGCAAGGUGUUUCUCGGCAAGAAGGACCAUCUGCUGAUGUCCACACGGACCAUCCAGACCAAGGAGGACGGUAGCCUCCACUUCCACAUGGAGUUCCCUCGGGUUGAUGGCUGCAACCAGGUGGACACAGAGUACCUGAAGGUGGGCUCUGAUGGCCACUUCCGCGCCCCGGCCUUGGGCUACCUGGACGUUCGAGUGGCCGACACGGAUUACAGCUCGUUUGCAGUGGUCUACAUCUACAAGGAGCUGGAGGGGGUACUCAGCACCAUGGUGCAACUGUACAGUCGAACCCAGGACGCAAGUCCCGAGGCCAUGAAGGCUUUUCAGGACUUCUACCCCACGGUGGGACUCCACGAUGACAUGAUGGCCAAGUUGCCCAAGUCAGGGUCCCCAGAGUUAGAGCCCCUCACUCCCCUCACCCCCCUCACCAAGGCUGUGAGCCUGGCCCUACAGGAACCAAGCUUCUGUGCCAGCCCUCACUGCCACAUGUCCCUGUGGGCUUCAUCCCUGCUGCCUGCCAUCAGAGCUCAGGCCGACCAGAGUACUGCCUGGCCCUGUGCCCCCAAGCUAGGCCCCCACCUCUAUGCCACCCGGUGCUGCCUCACCCCACAGCCCCAGGCUAAGCAUCCCUGCCUUGUGCCCCAAGUGCUGGCCCUCCCCGCCGAGGCCCGCUUACUGCUCACCCUCCACGAUGCAGCUUGA